AUGACCGGGCGAAACCAUGGCGUGCGCCUUGGACGAGGAUGAGAUCUGCAAUGAUGAUUACUAUUCGCUUCUAAAUGUCCGAAGAGAGGCCACCCAGGAGGAGCUGAAAGCAGCAUACAGACGACUGUGCAUGCUGUAUCACCCAGACAAACACCGGGAUCCUGAACUAAAGCGACAGGCAGAGCAGCUUUUUAACCUUGUACAUGAAGCUUAUGAAGUCCUCAGUGACCCACAGGCGCGAGCUAUCUAUGAUAUCUAUGGCAAGCGAGGACUGGAUGUUGAUGGAUGGGAGGUGGUGGAGAGGAGAAGGAGCCCUGCAGAGAUCCGGGAGGAGUAUGAACGGCUUCAAAGGGAGCGGGAGGAGAGAAGGCUUCAGCAAAGGACCAACCCAAAGGGAACGAUCAGUGUUGGCAUUGAUGCCACGGACCUCUUUGACCACUAUGACGAGGACUAUGAGGAUGUGGUUGGAGGCAUCCCACACAUAGAAAUCAACAAAAUGCACAUAUCACAGUCCAUAGAGGCUCCUCUUACUACAAAAGACACAGCCAUUUUGUCCGGCUCCUUAUCAACCCACAACGGAAAUGGAGGCGGCACCAUUAACUUGGCACUAAGAAGAGUCACCUCGGCAAAAGGGUGGAGUGAGAUAGAGUUAGGAGCUGGAGACACUCAUGGACCUCUCUUUGGUAUGAAGAUAUUUCGCAACUUGACGCCCCGGUGCUUUGUAACGGCUCAGUGUGGACUCCAGUUUUCAUCGCGAGGCAUACGCCCCGGGAUGACAACAGUGCUGGCUCGCCACUUAGACAAGAACACUAUGGGUUACCUGCAGUGGCGCUGGGGAGUCCAGUCCUCUAUGAACACCAGCAUAGUGAGGGACACUAAGAGCAGCCACUUCACCUUUGCAGUACAGCUCGGCAUCCCUCAAACAUUUAUGAUGAUGAGUUACCAGUACAAGUUUCAAGAUGAAGACCAGACCAAGAUUAAGGGCUCUGUAAAAUCCGGUUUCUUUGGGACUGUGAUAGAGUACGGCGCUGAGAGAAAGAUCAGUCGGCACAGUGUGGUGGGGGCCACCGUCAGUGUGGGAGUGCCCCAAGGUGUCUCCCUAAAGAUCAAAUUUAACAGAGCCAGCCAGACCUACUUAUUUCCUAUUCACCUCACUGACCAACUCCUGCCCAGUGCAGUAUUUUACGCCACAGUCGGACCAGUGGUUUUCUACCUCGCCAUCCAACAGCUCAUUAUCCGGCCCUAUCUGCGGGCCCAGAAGGAACAAGAGUUGGAGAAACACAGGGAGAGCUCGGCCUCUAAUAUAGCCAAGAAGAAGCAGGAGGCAGAGGCUGCUGUUUUACUCAUGCAGGAGUCUGUGCGCAGGAUUAUUGAGGCUGAGGAGUCAAGAAUGGGUCUGAUUAUCCUCAACGCCUGGUACGGCAAGUUCGUGACAGACAACAGCCGAAAACACGAGAGGGCAAAGGUCAUUGACGUGACGGUGCCGCUGCAAUGUCUGGUGAAAGACUCAAAACUCAUCCUCACUGAGGCCUCAAAGUCGGGGCUCCCUGGCUUCUACGACCCCUGCGUGGGGGAGGAGAAGAGCCUGAAGGUGCUGUAUCAGUUCCGAGGAGUCAUGCAUCAAGUCCUGUCAGGAGACACAGACCCACUCAGGAUACCAAAGCAAUCUCACAGGAUUGAUGCAGACACAUAAAGCUUCCUCCCCUGACCAAAAACACUCAUCUCCAGAUCGUUGGACGGAAAAUGGAGGAUCCUAUGUUUUAGAUACAGCCCCUGGGAAUAAGUCUUUGUUACUCAGAAAAAAAAAAGAAUUUAACUGUUUGUCUUUAUAUUCAUUUAAAUAUUGAGGGUGAAGUAAAAUCAUGACAGACUGAAUUGAUCAGAACCAGUAUCCAUGGAUGGCGCUGUGGCCAGCUGAUUAAAUGAAUGGUUACUGCUCUAAGUCAGGGUUCUACCCGACUUGGUUUCCAUUUAUUUAUUUUUGCGUGUGGCUUGCAAUUUUGAGACAGAGUUCUAUGUACUGUACUGUACAAAAACUGCAGUGCCUAUAUGAUUGAAGACAAGCAUUUCUGUGUAUUUGCCAUAUGAUUAAAAUCUUUCUCAUGUUGCA